AUGAGCUCUGUGCCAGGCUGGACGUGCCUGAGGUGGGCCGGGCGCCCACGGGAGCGCUCCCCCUCGGCCCGCCUUGCCCUCCCAGAGAGGGCCCUGUCCUCCGGCCCGGAGCGACUCAGAGGGAUGUGGAAAUUGAGUUUUGUCAGGGCACAGCAGGUGGAAAUGAAUGAAAGUUCAUCAUAUCAUCUUCAGCGUGCAGCAGGUGCUGCAGGACCCUGGCGCUGCCGGUUGUCAGAGAGCUGCACCUACGUUGCAAGAGCAAUUGAGUUACUGGAGAAACUGCAAGAAUCUGGAGAAGUACCAGUACAUAAGCUACAGUCCCUAAAGAAGGUGCUGCAGAGUGAGUUUUGUACAGCUAUCAGAGAGGUGUAUCAAUACAUGCAUGAAACCAUAACUGUUAAUGGCUGCCCCGAAUUCCGAGCCAGGGCCACUGCAAAGGCGACAGUUGCUGCUUUUGCUGCAAGCGAAGGCCAUUCACACCCGCGAGUGGUGGAGCUGCCAAAGACUGAUGAAGGCCUGGGCUUUAAUGUCAUGGGAGGAAAGGAACAAAAUUCACCUAUUUAUAUUUCUCGCAUCAUUCCUGGAGGAGUGGCAGAAAGGCAUGGAGGGCUCAAACGGGGGGACCAGCUGCUUUCGGUUAAUGGAGUGAGCGUGGAAGGAGAACACCACGAGAAGGCGGUGGAGCUGCUGAAGGCGGCUAAGGACAGCGUCAAGCUGGUGGUACGCUACACUCCCAAGGUGCUGGAGGAGAUGGAGGCUCGCUUCGAAAAACUGAGAACAGCCCGGCGCCGGCAACAGCAGCAAUUGCUCAUUCAGCAGCAGCAACAGCAGCAAACUACACAGCAAAACCAUAUGUCGUAG